UACCAGCGGAGUGAGGGCGUUCAUUACGGCUUGUGCUAUCUUUCGCUUCGUCGCCUCGGAGUGCGAAAGAUCGAGGCGAGGUUAGGGUUUCGCUGGUGUAUGGAAGAACGUGACAUGGUGGGGGAGAAGCCGUCGGUGGAGCUCUGCAAGGGCGUCAAUGGCCUCGACAAGAUCGUGCUGAGGGAGGCUCGAGGCAACUCGGCCGAGGUCUACUUAUUUGGAGGCCAUGUGACAUCUUGGAAAAAUGAUCGUGGAGAGGAGCUACUUUUCCUCAGCAAUAAGGCUAUUUUCAGACCCCCUAAAGCUAUACGUGGUGGUAUCCCAAUCUGUUUUCCACAGUUUUCUAGCCACGGAAAUCUUGAACAACAUGGAUUUGCCAGGAACAAAAUAUGGUCUAUUGACACUGAUCCACCAUCGUUGGUAUCUAAUAGCCUGAUCAAGACUUUUAUUGAUCUAAUUCUUAAGCCAACUGAUGAUGAUUUCAAGAUUUGGCCCCAUAGUUAUGAAUUUCGCUUAAGAAUUGCCUUGGCAUCUGGGGGAGAUCUUAUCUUGAUACCACGCAUAAGGAAUACCAAUGCAGAUGGAAAACCGUUCUCUUUUACAUUUGCAUAUCACACUUAUUUUUCUGUGUCUGACAUCAGCGAAGUGCGGAUUGAAGGUCUUGAGACCUUGGACUACUUUGACAAUUUGAAGGAAAGAGAACGAUUCACAGAACAAGGAGAUGCAAUUACUUUUGAGGCUGAAGUGGACAAAAUAUACUUGAGCACACCAGACAAGAUUGCGAUCAUAGAUCAUGAAAAGAAACGAACAUUUGUUUUGCGCAAAGAUGGACUUCCAGAUGCUGUGGUGUGGAACCCUUGGGAUAAAAGGGCCAAAGCAAUUCCAGAUCUUGGAGAUGACGACUACAAGCGUAUGCUGUGCGUCGAAGCUGCUGCCAUUGAGAAGCCCAUCACCUUGAAGCCUGGGGAGGAAUGGAAGGGAAAGCUAGAGCUUUCUGCGGUUCCUUCCAGUUACUGCAGUGGGCAACUAGACCCUCAAAAAGUUCUCCAAGGAUGAGGAUAAUAUAUAGCAUUGAUUUCGUGCUCAGGCACUAUUUUAUUGGGUAAUGGUGCUUGAGGUAGCGUUGGACCCUGUUCUUCGUUCUUAUGCAUGGUUUUUCUUCGCUGUAGCGAAGUUUCAGUGGAAUAAUUGUACAAUAAUGUUCUGUAUCUCUCUCUUAGACAAGUUUCAAACCUGAAUCAUGAAUUUGAUAUGUUUAAUGAGAAAGUUGAGAGGCGUCUCCACUUGCCUCUUUUAUGUU